AUGAGUGAAGUUUUCCCUCUAUCAUGCAUUUCAUGUCGCCGGAAAAAGAUCAAGUGUAAUAAAGUGAAACCAUGUAAUCAAUGCGAGAAGAGACAGAUCCUCUGUAAUUUUCCAUCAACAUUUCGGAAUAUUAGGAUUAAUGAAGAAGAGUUGGAAACGUCGGGUUAUGAUGCCAGUACAGAAAUCAAGGACGAGAGUAAUUUGAAUCUUGACUUAAAGGGUAGUCGACCGCCAGACUUGCAAUCAUCGAGGAAACCGCAGGAGACUUUGAAAACAGAAAUACCGGCCCUUGCAGAUGAACAUCUUAAAUUGAAGAAUAAAUACCAGGAUUUGCUCACACAAUUCCGUAUGUACUGUGAAGCUAACGAUUGUAGCGAUAAAUUACCGGAAUCAUUCGAGGAAAAGGUUACCAUGCCCAUAAAUAGAGAAACUACUGAAUUGGGUGCUAAAUAUUAUGUACCUUUGUCAUCUAGUUGUAUUAUAAAGAAAAUGGAUGUGGACAGCACAAACGAUGAAAAAAUGGAUGCAAAUAAGAAUAAGAAAACAGACUCUCCGCAACAAAACCCGACGUCAAGAGAUUUGGGACGAUCACAGUCUACUUCUGAAAGUAACCAAGAUUUGAUUAAAAAAUCGUUAUUGAAGAAACCAUUGCCAUAUUUAGUAGGUCUCGAUGCUAUUAUUGGAUCUAGAGAUCUUUCCAACUAUGACAAAUUGAAUUUUCAUAUAAUAUGUAAUUUGGUGGAUUUUUUUUUCAACUAUCAUCCGGAUUACAAGACGUUCAUCUCUAAGCAACAAAUAGUUGACUUUUUAAAUAAUUAUGAUAAUAUAAAGAACAAUGAAUGGGAGAAUGAUGAUGAAUUGUUAUUACUCACCAUGAUUUUAUUGUUACUGAUUCAAAGGGUUACUUCUAAGGACCUUGUUGCAAUCGAUUUAUUGGAUAAUGAUGAUAGUCAAGUUAGCCAGUUUGAGGAAAUUAAACUUCAUUUAUCUGAUAUUUUGCACCAUAAUUUUGAAAUGAUAAGGCAUAGUUUGAUCAUUGAAGCUAUCACUACAAUUCAAUCAUAUAUAUUAUGUACAGAAUGGCACUUUAUUGAACAAAGAUAUGAAGAAAGUUGGUCAAUGAUGUUUCACACUUGCUCGAUAUCGUAUUCUAUUGGGUUACAUGUUAUGGGCAAGUUUGGAAUGAUGGGUAAAAGGGAUCUGAAAGAAAAAGACGAAGAAAUACGACGUUGUAGGGUCUGGUAUGCAUUAAAAAAUAUUAGUGGCCAAAUAAGUUCGAUUUUAGGGAGACCAAGUCCCAUUUCAUUACAUGUUGACUCGCCGAUGCUAACAGCUUCUACUCCGAAUUAUUUUUGGCUGGAAAUUGAAAAAGACAAAAUGCUAGUGUCCCUUAAAGUUGGGCUUAGCGAAUAUCUUAAACUUUCAAAUACCAUGUUGAUUGAAAAUCUUAUGAAAGACAUUAGUAUAGAUGAAUUAUUACGAUUAGAUUCUAAAUUCAAAAAGGAUAUUCAUCUAGUGAAAGUACUUCUUAAUGAUAAAUUAUAUGAUAGUGAGGGUUUAUUUGAUGAUCUGGAAACCGAUUUAAUGGAUGAAGAUUCCAACGACGACAGAACCGAAAACCAGUGGUUUUUAGUGAAUAAGGGAACCUUAUUAGUUGAUUUAAUCACUUUUUAUAUAAACAGGGCUAAAUUAUUUCAGCCGUUUAUUCUUAAGUUUCAGGAUUCAAACAACAGUACUACGGUUAUUGAGUUGUUGCAGGAAUCUAUCAAUCAGUUUUUGGAUUAUUUGAUUUAUUUUGUAAAUUCAUUUUUAAAUAAAUUUAAUUUGAAAUAUGAAGAAGCCAACUUUAGGUAUUUGAAAAUAAAAGCUUUCAGGAAGGUAUUAAAAUCCCACUAUCCAUUUUUGCAUUCGUUUAUAUACCAAGGUAUGUUAGUGAUUUUCACGGUUUUGCAUUACAAAAACAAGGACUUUAUUGAAUGUGAAGACGAUGGGAAGAACACAAAUUAUUCUGAAUUUUUAAACAAAGUAGGCCAAGACUUAAAUACCUUACUGAAACUUGAAUAUAAUUUUGCAGGGAUUAAGUGUAAUCAUAACAAGCUUUGGUCUUCGAAUAUAACUGACUUGAUUCAUUUGGAUAUAGCACAUAUUGAAAAUAUCCGUAAAAAGCAAAUUACAAAGAUUCAAAUCGAUCGUGAGAAAUUUCAAAAUGAAGUAAAUGAAUUGCAGAAUCAAAUCAACUUAGGCUGCAUUCCUGAAUCCGAGCUUCAUAGUUUCAAUAUACACUAUCCAUUUUGGUUAACAUGUCCAGAUAAUUUACCUUAUCAUCUUGCUUCUCCAAGCGAUGAAGACAAACCAUCAUCAAGGUUGAGAAACCUCAUGCCCGAAAUGGUGGCUCUCUCAAGUUAUCCAGAUUACCCAAGACAGCCUCAGCCAUUCCGUCUAUCCCAAGUAUCUUCUAAUAUUCUAGUUGAUGAUUUUGAUACACAGGGAGGUGCACCUUUUGGCGACAGUUGGAGUAAUUCUUCGUACCCAUCGAAAUCAACUUCAUGUAUGUCUCAGCUUCCGCAAGAGAGUUUAUCGUCUGCACAGGGGCAGCAGCAGCAGCAAUCUACCAUGCCUGAUUCUUAUGAUCUUGAUAUAUCACAGCAGUAA